CUCCCAAUCGUGCUUCGAGUGUUCGAGUCGACGUUUAAUUAUUGGAAAACACGAUACGCUUUAUCCGUUUAAAUUAGUUUAGUUACUUAGCUCUUUGGUUUAAAUUAAUCAAGUACAAAAUGCGCAAGAAUUAUUACCCGAUACGGGCUCUUCUUUCCCUCAUAGCCAACAAUCCGACCCUUUGAAUUUUUCCACUACUCUCCUCGCGGUCCUCGCUCCAUUUCCCCACCGUUCCCCGUCCGAAAACUCGUCGGCGAUAUAAACAGUAUAACCUCCGCGGGUACAUUCUGAGAUGAUCCGUAAAAAUCAGUAGAGAUGUCAACGCAGCAGCGACCGUCGACCGCGGUUUUCCAUCCUGCGACGUAAAAUUCUUCCCAGGUCACGUUAGGUACCGGCAAUAAUUCUCGGACAUAGCUAUGGAACUCGUGCGGAGUCUCGUCGGCCGCAACCUGAGACGAACGCUUCUGAAGGCGCCCGCGACACGCCUGCAACACGUGCGAUGCAUCAGAUUGGCGGAAGUCGGCAAACUGGAGACGCCAAAGUUACAAGGGAAAUAUGACACGGGUCAAUUAAUUUUACACAGAGUCUUCGGUUACCGUGGUGUGAUUUUAUUUCCAUGGCUGGCAAGAGUGUACGACAGAGAUAUAUCUACUAAGAAGGAUGAAAAAGAUAACAGCAAUUUUAACAGUGUUGGCGAGAAAGAAGUGAAAGGCAGGACGCACACGUUUUAUCAAGUUUUGAUUGAUCAACGUGAUUGUCCUUACAUACGUGCUCAAACCGAGGCAGUUACUUUCCUGGGCAAUCAUGAGAGCAGUCGCAGCCUGUACGCUAUUCCAGGAUUGGAUUAUGUCGCUCACGAGGACGUAUUGCCGUACAGCACGAACGAGAAAGCGGCGCUGCAGCACGAGCUGUUCGAUAAGUUUCUGACCUAUCAUCCAGAUAAGGAGCCGUGCUUCGUGGCACAGGAGACUCUUCGCACGUGGCAGAAAAAGAAUCAUCCGUGGCUCGAAUUGUCGGACGUACAUAAGGAAACGACCGAGAAUAUUCGCAUUACCGUUAUACCAUUUUACAUGGGCUGCAGAGAGAGUCAAACCACCUCUGUAUAUUGGUGGCGUUAUUGCAUCCGACUAGAAAACUUGGGUGAGCUGAGCGUGCAGUUGCGUGAAAGACAUUGGAGAAUAUUCAGCCUGUCGGGUACGUUGGAAACCGUCAGAGGAAGAGGCGUAGUGGGUCAGGAACCAGUGUUAUCGAAAGCUUUACCGGCUUUUCAAUACAGUAGUCAUGUGAGCUUGCAAGCUCCUAGCGGCCACAUGUGGGGAACGUUCAGGAUGGAAAGAGAAGAUGGAUAUGCGUUCGAUUGUAGAAUACCACCGUUCUCCUUGGAAUCGAAAGCGGAGCCAUCCACCCCUACCGUAGAAAUCUGAUUCUUCAAAAGAGGAACGGAUCGAUAAUUAUAAGCGAUGAUUAGUUAGAUAAAUAUAUAACAAUUAUUAGGUGACGAUAAUAUAUAGUUUCAAGUACAAUCAAUAUUGAUCUAAGCGUGAGUCUUGUGAUAACUUUUUGAAACUAAUUUCACAGACGGUUUCAAUAAAAUUAUACUGUACAUAUUUCGCCCCGAAAACCUGUUACAAUCUCCGCGUAAAAGAAAAGUAAAAGGAUAUCCUCUAAUUACCCAUUUUCUAACGUCUAAUUUUAAUAAAAUUGAUUAUGUAUGUAAAGAGAAAACUAACUCUAAAUAUAACGAAUAUGUAAAUACAGAGAAAAGAUACUCGGUA